AUGUCCACGCUGUAUGCAGGCCUCCUGCAGUGGUUUCAGGUCACCUGCCCGAGCUGCGCCCAGCACCUGCAGGUCAAGCUCCCCGAGGGCAUCACGUCGGUGCAGUGCAGCGAGUGCAAGGGCGUCUUUGCCGUGCAGGUGCAGCCGGCGGCGCUGCAGCCUUCCCUGCAGAGCGGCGCCGCGAAGCGGAGCCGCAAGCGCAAGAUUGAGAAGGAGGGCAGCGGCGCGCCCGGCGUGCCGCGUGCUCUCAGCGCCUACAACGUCUUCAUGAAGGCGGAGGUCGCAAAGGUCAAGGCCGCCAACCCCGACCUGCUGCACCGCGACGCCUUCAAGCAGGCGGCUGAGGGGUGGCAGGCCUCGCCGAUGAACCCUCAGAACGGCGGCGAGCGCUUCCCAGAGACGGCGCAGGAGGAGCAGGCGGCAGCCGAGACGGAGUAUCCGCUCGACGAGGAGCCGCUGCCCGAGGGCGAGCCGAUGGGGAUCGACGGCUCCGCCGAUGCGGACGGCGUCCCGCCAGCGGCCGAGCCGAUGCAGACGGGCAGCGAGCGCGUCGCUCAGGCUGCAGAGGCGGGCGGGGGUGGCGAUGGCUCGGCAGCGGAGGAGGCGCAACCGACCCUCGGCGCCGUCUGA